GGUAGCUGGGAGAGCUGGGAGCUGUCAACGGAGAGCGCCGGGCUCGCGCUCCUGGCCGGAUUCCGAGCUGGCAACCCCCGCUGACUUCGCUCGCGGGCAGAGGGCAGUCUUGGAGCUCCCGGAGCUCCAGGAGCAGCCUGUUUUGUAGAAGUACCUGCAGUGCGCAGCCUGGUGCCCUAAGCAAUAGCGACAACACCAGCCACAGCGACAGCUCUGGGGCCCUGUGUAGCAGCUGCAUCCCCUUGUCUUUUGUCUGCCUGCGUCCCCAGACCCAGAGGCCACUUCAUGAUAAAAUGCUGGACUCCAUUUGUUUUGGAAACUAUACUGCUAGACCCCUCAGGAUCUUCAGAUUACCUGGGAAGACUUAGGACACCAAGAAUGUUUCCCUUGAAGGAUGCCGAAAUGGGUGCCUUUACCUUCUUUGCCUCUGCACUGCCCCAUGAUGUCUGUGGAAGCAAUGGGCUUCCUCUCACACCAAAUUCCAUCAAGAUUUUGGGGCGCUUUCAAAUUCUCAAGACCAUCAUUCACCCCAGACUGUGCCAGUAUGUGGAUAUUUCUAGGGGAAAGCACGAGAGAUUGGUGGUGGUAGCUGAACACUGUGAACGGAGUCUAGAAGACUUGCUCCGUGAAGGGAAACCCGUGAGGUAUCCAUCAUACUUGGCACCUGAGGUAAUUGCGCAAGGAAUUUUCAAAACCAGUGAUCAUGUGCCAAGUGAAAAACCAUUGCCUUCUGGCCCCAAAUCAGAUGUCUGGUCUCUUGGAAUCAUUUUAUUUGAGCUCUGUGUGGGAAGAAAAUUAUUUCAGAGUUUGGAUAUUUCUGAAAGACUAAAAUUUUUGCUUACACUGGACUGUGUAGAUGACACUAUAAUAGUUCUGGCUGAGGAGCAUGGUUGUCUGGACAUUAUAAAGGAGCUUCCUGAAACUGUGAUAGAUCUUUUAAAGAAGUGCCUCACCUUCCACCCUUCCAAGAGGCCAACCCCAGAUGAAUUAAUGCAGGACAAUGUGUUCAGUGAAGUGUUACCCUUAUACCCUCCCUUUAUCAAACCUGCCAGCCUGUUUUCUUCUUCUCUGAGAUGUGCUGAUUUGACUCUGCCAGAGGAUAUCAGUCAGUUAUGUAAAGAUAUAAACAGUGAUUACCUGGCAGAAAGAUCUAUUGAAGAAGUGUAUUACCUUUGGUGUUUAGCUGGAGGUGACUUGGAAAAAGAGCUUGUGAACAAGGAAAUCAUUCGAUCCAAACCACCUAUCUGCACACUCCCCAAUUUUCUCUUUGAAGAUGGUGAAAGCUUUGGACAAGGUCGAGAUAGAAGUUCACUAUUAGAUGACACCACUGUGACACUGUCAUUAUGCCAGCUAAGAAAUAGAUUAAAAGAUGUUGGUGGAGAAGCAUUUUACCCUCUACUUGAAGAUGAUCAGUCUAAUUUACCUCAUUCAAACAGCAAUAAUGAGCUCUCUGCAGCUGCCACUCUCCCUUUAAUCAUCCGAGAGAGGGACACAGAGUACCAACUAAACAGAAUCAUUCUCUUUGACAGGCUGCUAAAGGCUUAUCCAUAUAAAAAAAAUCAAAUCUGGAAAGAGGCAAGAAUCGACAUUCCUCCUCUUAUGAGAGGUUUAACCUGGGCUGCUCUUCUGGGAGUUGAGGGGGCUAUUCAUGCCAAGUAUGAUGCAAUUGAUAAAGACACUCCAAUUCCUACAGAUAGACAGAUUGAAGUGGAUAUUCCUCGUUGUCAUCAGUAUGAUGAGCUGUUAUCCUCACCAGAAGGUCAUGCAAAAUUUCGGCGUGUCUUAAAAGCCUGGGUCGUGUCCCAUCCUGACCUUGUGUAUUGGCAAGGUCUUGACUCACUUUGUGCUCCGUUUCUAUAUUUAAAUUUCAAUAAUGAAGCUCUGGCUUAUGCCUGUAUGUCUGCUUUUAUCCCCAAAUACCUGUACAACUUCUUCUUGAAAGACAACUCGCAUGUAAUACAAGAGUAUCUGACUGUGUUCUCCCAGAUGAUUGCAUUUCAUGAUCCAGAGCUAAGCAAUCAUCUCAAUGAGAUUGGAUUUAUUCCAGAUCUCUAUGCCAUCCCUUGGUUUCUCACCAUGUUUACUCAUGUAUUUCCACUGCACAAAAUUUUCCACCUCUGGGAUACCUUACUGCUUGGGAAUUCCUCCUUCCCAUUCUGUAUCGGAGUAGCAAUUCUUCAGCAGCUGCGUGACCGACUUUUGGCUAAUGGCUUUAAUGAGUGCAUUCUUCUCUUCUCGGACUUACCAGAAAUUGACAUUGAACGCUGUGUGCGAGAAUCAAUCAACCUGUUUUGUUGGACUCCUAAAAGUGCUACUUAUAGGCAGCAUGCUCAACCUCCAAAGCCAACAUCUGAUAGCAGUGGAGUCAGAAGUUCAACACCUUAUUUCCCCACUGAGUGUCCAGAUCCUCCAAAAACAGAUCUGUCAAGAGAAUCCAUUCCGUUAAAUGACCUAAAGUCGGAAGUAUCACCCCGGAUUUCAGCAGAGGACCUGAUUGACUUGUGUGAGCUGACAGUGACUGGCCACUUCAAAACACCCACCAAGAAGACAAAGUCCAGUAAACCAAAGCUCUUGGUAGUCGACAUCCGGAAUAGUGAAGAUUUUGUUCGGGGUCACAUUUCAGGCAGCAUCAACAUUCCAUUCAGCUCUGCAUUUACUGCUGAAGGGGAGCUUACCCAGGGACCUUACACUGCCAUGCUCCAGAGCUUCAAAGGGAAGGUCAUUGUCAUCGUGGGGAAUGUGGCAAAGCACACAGCAGAGUUUGCAGCUCAUCUUGUGAAGAUGAAAUAUCCAAGAAUCUGUAUUCUAGAUGGUGGCAUUAAUAAAAUCAAGCCCACAGGCCUCCUCACCGUUCCUUCUCCUCAAAUAUGAAGAACAAGAGCAUCGCUGUUAAAAGGACAGAGUAGCCUCACCCCCCACAGCACACUGUCCACACCCUUGCCACUCUGACAGAGCCAGACUUCCAGAUUGUUAUGUCUUCAUAAAGUUUUGUCAUGAGACAUUUAUUUUUUAAAAUGCAUGACCCAAAUGUUCAGCUAUCCAGGAAUCAAACUUGACUGUACAUGUAUUGCUGAAAGAAUUUUCUUAAUGGUGAAAUCCAACCAUGUAUUUUUACCACAUCAACACAAAGCCAGAAGAAUUCAACUGACGAGGCAGGUUUAGCAUUAUCAAGAAAUCUUGUUGCACUGGAAAGGCUGUCUUCCCACAACACUGAACAGACAGUCCUAACAGCGGUAUUCUUUAGAAAUAUAGACUGAAUGUGGGCUGAAAUCAUUCUCCCAUGAUAAAGAAAAGUGAAAAGCUAUUCACCAUACAUUCCUUAUAAGUACAUGUUACAUUUGGUAACUCAUUUUUGGCCCAGACACGUGUGUGUGUGUGUGUUUAGAGGGAGCAUUAUUUAGCCCAUUGGAGAAAGUAAUAACAGUUCUAAAAAAAUGACAGUCAGAAACUAUUCAUAUUAUAUAGAAUAUUGUUCCCCUUCUGUAGCUGAGACACUAAAAAUAAAAGUGACUUAGACAAAAUAGAACUUUAUUUUUCUCUCAUGUAACACCCUACAGAGUCAAUGUAGGGCUAGUGUAUUGAAUUCAUAGUUAUUAAGAACUCAGGUGUCUUUUUUCAUUGAUCUACCACCCUCAACACUGGGUUUCUAUCUCAUAGAUCAAGGUGGCUGUUCAACUCCCACUAUCACAUCCGCAGUUUGGAAGGAAGGGAAUCUCAGAGGAGGGAGGAGGAAAAAGAAGAGAAGGUAAAAAUAGGAAGAAGAGAAGGGAGGGCAUGUUCCUUCUCUUUAAGGGCACAAACCAGAAGUUGCACACGUUCCUUCUGCAUACAUACUAUUAGCCAGAACUUAGGCAUGUGGCCACAAUUAGCUAUCAAGAAAACAUGAAAUAUAGUUUUGACUGGGCAGUCAUUUACCCAGUUAAAGUUUUUAUUACUGUUUAGGAAGAGGAGAACACAUUGAAGGACAGCUGGCAGCCUCUGCCACAUAAUCCUAAAAAUCAGACAUUUCAUUGAAUCUAAGAUAUAUCACAAUUUUAUGCACCAUGAAGAAAGAAAAAUACAGCCAAAUAAACUGUGACACCCUAUCAAUUAUAAGAUUCAUUUCCAUUUCAGAAAUGUGAAAAAAUAUGCAUAUUAGAAUUAUUAAAAUAUAGUAUGUCUUUUUGA